AUGAGAACAAGGUGGUUAGUUUUACUCUCGAUUGUGACCCUCGUCCUCAUAACGCUUGUUGGAUUUUUUAUAGCUUAUCAGUUCAGGAAGCCUAGCUAUAAGCCUCGAUUCAGACUCUCCGAGACCUCGACGUCGGCGAAAUCGGGUGACAGGAAGUCGGUUAUGCAGAUGAAGGGCAACAUUAUCAGCUCCAUUGCCAAAAACAGUAAAAAGAAUCUCAAAGGUCCCAUCCCCGACGACAUCGACUUUGACAUCGGGAGCACUUGCGAGCGGGGCUCCUCCAGCUACGUUAAGGUUUUUGAGACUGCCUACGCUGACAUUCCUGGGUUCAAGGGGUACACCCACGUGCUCAAGGCCAAGCUUCCUGUCAAGAAGUACUUCAACAAGGACGCUGAGCAGUCUGGGCUCCCCACUGGUCUCGACUUGGAGGCCGUGCUCACCUACUUCAAGGAAGACAGGCUUGACCAGGAUCCUCUUGUUGUUUGUCCUGUCAGCUCCAUUGAGGACAAGGAGUUUUCCUGCUACCUCAUGGACUCGAAGAACCAGUGGUCCGUUUCCGACUGCAUCAAUGGCUUGGAUCUCAUGGACGACUCUUUCGGUGAUGAUGCCGGUCGCUGCAUCAACAAUCACUACAACAUGUCCGAAAUUUCUCCCCAGCCGACCAAGUGCUCCCCCUCGAGCCCCGAUCAGGAGGACUACGACAGUUUCGAGCUCGAGUUAUCUUUGAAGCAGGGCUUCGAGAACGCACACUUCGUUGUUGGCGAGGUUGAAAGGCUAACUGUUCCUGGUUUCAAGGGCUUCGGCUACAAGAUGAAGAGCAAGUCCAAAAUCACCAAAUACACUUACAAUGGCGACGAGCAGCACGGUUUACCCACUGGAGUGCCGUUUGAGAUAUUCCUGACUUACUACGUUGAAAACAAGCUCGACCAGUCUCCCGUCGGCGUUUGCGCUGUCAAGUCCAAGAACAGCAAGACCUUCGACUGCUACUUGUUAGUUUCUCCUAACUCGUGGCAGCAUAACACUGAGAUAAGUGAGCUCAAAAUCCACGAUCGCUCAUUCGGGGAAAAGCCCUCUAGUGAGGACAAAUACCCUGAAACCGAGCUCCCUGAGCCCGAACCUGAGUCGACGGUGGCCGAGUCUGAGGAUUUAAUUUUAGAUGCAGAUUUAGAAACUGAAGCUGACGGAGCUUCUGAACAAAGCUUAACCAAAAUUCCCGUUCUCGACAUAUCCAAGACUGAGAGUGACGAUGAAUCCAUAGAAAUACAAGAAUUUGACGAUUUGAAUAUACCAAACUACAGAGCAUUUGGAAUGUUGUUUGAAAACAGAGCCCCUGUAGAAAAAUAUGUGUCCAGAGGCGUUGAGCAAAAGGGUCUACCCAUCAAUUAUCCUCUGGAUGGCGUUUUAAGUAUCAUUCACGAUCAAUUCCCGGACCCGCUCGUGGUGUGUGCAAUAUACUCGAUGGAUGAUAUGAUGUACGAUUGCUUUCUUAAGGAGUCAGAUAACGUUUGGGUUAAAAGCGACAAAAUGUCCGAAAUGGACUUCACGAGCGACAACUUUGGCGAAGAAGCAGCACAACUGGUAAACGAGCACUACGGCGUUGAAAACUCAGGCAACGUGGAAACGAACGAAUCUGAGGACUAA